UAAAAAAUUAUUUUUUAUAGAUAGUCCUAUUAAAUGGAAGGUGGAAAGUAAGAUAAUGGAAAGUGAGUCAGACCUGACAUCUGUGCCUCUCAGGUGACAGCCAGCUCUACUGAGCAUGCUCCAGACAAGGCCAGGUAACCUAAGCUAGACAUACACAGUACCUGCUACACCACUAUAGCAACCAGCAGCAGACAGUUCCACAGAGCUAUAGUUCAGUCUUAUGGAUUAAUAUGCGAGUGGACUGUACCAUCCCCUCAGCAGGAGUGGAACUUUGGUUUCUGGUGGAUGGCAGGUGUUUUGCUGAUGUUGCUGCUGGCAGUCAUCAUGGCCCUGCAUGUGUCCCCCCAACCCUGCUUUCUCUGUGGUUUGUUCUGAGGAUGCUGUCAUCUGCCACAGACUGGCUCACUUUAUAGUCCAGCCAACCUGAGGCGACCUGUGUCCCAUCCACUCAGAAUACACAGUGAAGAUAGAGACAAGAGACAGUGUGAUGCCACUGCAAUAUGCUCAGGAUCUGGCUAUCACUGCAGUCAUCUGCUUUAUUGGUGGUGUUGGCUUGACCCUGCUGGUAGUCCUGAUUUACUAUCGAGUCUCUCACAGGAAGAAACUAAAAGAAAGUAAAAUACAACUAGAGGAAGAGGAGAGAAGCAUCCCAGUGAUCAACAACUAUAUCAGCCACCUAGAGGUUAGUGAGAACAGGAGGGAUGAUUUUGUGCAGGCCAGUAGCAGUCAGCCAUUGGAGAAGAUAGCCAUGAUGUUUGACACAAGGCUAGAAAACCAUGGUGGCCAGUUUUGGUCCAGAGCAGAUGAGGACGCCGGCCAUUUUAGGUGCUUGGACUGUAGCACCAAAGGACAGAGAGGGGUGGGGCUGAAUCCAGUGAGAUGGAACAACAGGAUAAACAGAGAGAUGGAGGCAGAGGAGGAAAGAGACAAGACGAGAAUAAGGGUGAUGACAGAGGAAGAGAGGAGAAAGCCUGAGACUCAGCGGGGAUUCCUGAGCAGGGACAGGCUUCUUACUCCUGGCAACUCCAACUCUUCCCCUCAUCCAUGGAAAGAAACCUUCGAGACACCAGUGACCCUAUCAGCCUAUAAGACAGGAAGAGACAUGGACAGCUACAGGACUGGUGUGGAAGGUAAGAGUAGCGGACAUGAGACUUUCCACUGCGAUAGCUGCCAUAGGACUUACAGACCAUCAGAGCAGACCAUGAGAUCAGGGAAGAUUCACACCAGCAUGAGAGACUCUGUUCUAUUUGAUAGCUUCCCUCCACAACACAGACUGAUUGAGAAGGCUAGGAAUGUUAACCACAACCAGUUUGACUUGAUGAAGAACCCAGAGAUAAGAAGAGAAUCAAGAAAUGUAAAAUUUGAUCUGGAGUAUUUGAGAACCCUAGAGCAAGAAAAUAUUCAUGGUGAGGACAAGAGAGAGGAGAAGGCGAGGACCUCCAGAGACGAGAAGAAAGGACAAAAAAAGAGACACAAUGUUAAAAUCCAAUCCAAUGGGCUACUGAAAGUUAAACUAAACUUGAGCCCUCUACAAAAGAGCAGAGUCCAUCCUAAGAGGAAAAAUGAACAGGGCCACUCGGACAAAAGCAGCUACAAGAAAAGUAAAGAGAAAAAGCAGAAUGGAAAAGAAAGAGAAGAGAAAAAAGUCUUUGGCAAGAAAACAAAAGUUAGCAGUGAGAAAAUGAAGAAAUCCACCAAGAGAACUGGCUCUUCUGAUGAAGAGAAAGUAGAAGAGGACAGAGGAGGAGGAAACAGCAAAACAACCUUGAAGCAGAAAAACAAAACUUCAAAAAGUGAGCAAGGUUGCAAGGAAAAUACAGCUUACCAGGAUGAGAACACACACCCAGACAUCAUCCAGUCUGGUGAUACCACCAGUAUUGCUGAUCAGUCAGCCUCUGCUAUUGCCACUAGUCAAGGACAAAACUUGAAAGCUGGAUUGGUUCUGGGAAAUGCUCAGCUUUGCUCCCAGCAGCCCUUGUCUCUCCCUGCUGUUGAGAGGAAUACCAACUUGUCUCUGCUGGGCUCAGCUGGCUCACCACUUACGGGCAGCAGCCUCUCUCUUCAAGGAGGGAGUAUUCUAUUCAAUACCAUAGCUCCAGGAUCUGAUGCACUGUUCCCCAAUGAACCAGCUAAUUCCAUUGCUUGUGGGCCCAACUUGACUUCCAGUGGAGCCCUAGAGAGCUUUAGCAGGCAAACAGGGGUAAGCUUCAUGUCUCCUCUUACUUCUCGUUUGGCUAACACUGUACAUGCUAACCACUUGCAAGCAAGUGCAAUACAGACUGCUCCUCUUCAUACCUCCCAAGCUGGUGGUUUUGCCCCGAAUUUAGCAGAAAACUCAGCUAUUUAUCCCUCACUCAUUCAGUCCCUCUCUCAGAGCCAGCUGCCUCCCGACAGCCCCGCUCUUGUACCUAGACUGAAGCAUGAUCCAGCCCAAGGACCAGGCCUUCGGACUGUGGAAGGACUACAUCAGCUGCCCCCAGAACUUCAAGCUUUCCAUACGAAGGAGAGCCUCCCUGUCCAGGCUCAGGCACCAAAUACAGAUGGUUUGUCUGGGGUAACCUCUCAGGCAGUGGGAUCAGUGACCACAUUGGAGAAUUUGUCAAACAAUAACAGUCAGACAGGGAUUAGACGUGUACCUGAUGGGUCAACAGUCAAUAUAUUAACUGGGGGUGUGGUUCUAACUGAAGGACCAGUGGUGGGGGUGUCUGGAGAUGGCAUGCAUACAGCAAAUGUGUCUGUAUCAGGUGUCUCUGAGCCUAGUACAUCUACACAGAGUGGAUCCUCCACAGGCGGUGCUGCACUACUGCAGCACGAGUACAUGUCAGAGGAGGGAGGCUCCUCCCAGAGGAGGAAGCUAAAGUUAGUGCUUCCUGAGAAGACAUCAAGCCGCCUGCCCACUUCACUGGAGAGGAAAAUACGCUAGCAGCUCACACCAUAGUCUAAGUUCUCUUUAUGCAGAUGGUCAAAAUGACUUGUGUCACAUCAGAAAGUAUUCAGAGCCAUUCACUUUUUGCACUUUUUAUUGUUUUAUAGAUUUAAUUCUGAAGAGAUAAAAUUGAUAUUUUUGCCCAUCAAUCUACUCUCAGUAACCCAUAAUGAUAAAGUCACAUGUUUGUAAAGCUUAAUAUCAUAAAGUCAAACUGAUUACUGUUCCUAAGACUGAUGCCUUCAUACUUGUAUAUUCUUAAUGUGAUUUUACAAACUGCAAAAAUUUAAAUUUUUUGUUCUUAACAGAUGUUUGAAGUGGUUUUACUUUUUUAUAAUAAUAAACACUGAGUAAAAUUAUUUUGUUA